AUGAACGGCAUGUACUACCCUCAGCGUUUCAGCAACAUGAUGAUCGGCUACCUCAACCUGGCCACGCUCCUGGCCUCCAUCCCGGUCAUCGGGGCGGGGCUCUGGCUGGCCAAGGGCUCGACGACGACGUGCUCCUCCAUGCUGCAGACGCCGCUGCUCAUCAUCGGCUUCAUCGUGCUCCUCAUCUCCCUCGCGGGCUUCGUGGGCGCCUGCUUCCACGUCGCAUGGGCGCUGUGGCUCUACCUCUUCGCCGUGAUACUCCUCAUCGGCAUGCUGCUCGGGCUCACCAUGUUCGGGUUCGCCGUCACGGCGGGGGGCGGCGGCACGCAGGUGCAGGGCAGGCCGUACAGGGAGUACCACAUCUCGGACUACUCCUCGUGGCUCCAGAAGCAUAUGCAGGACAUCAAGUACUGGAAGCCCGCGCUGGCCUGCGUCGUCGGGUCCAAGGCAUGCCCCAAGAUCGCCAACUGGACUCCCAUGGAUUACCUCCAGCAUGAUCUCACGCCAAUACAGUCUGGGUGCUGCAAGCCACCAACAUCAUGCACAUACAGCGGGGGGAUGCCGGUCGGAGCGCAGGACGAGGACUGCUACCAGUGGAACAAUGCCCCAAACAUCCUGUGCUACCAGUGUAACUCGUGCAAGGCCGGCGUGAUGGAGCAGGUGCGCCAGGACUGGCACAAGAUCUCCGUGCUAAACGUCAUCGUGCUCGUCUUCCUCAUCUGCAUCUGCGCCUGCGGGUGCUGCGCCUUCAGAAACGCCCGCCGCUCCGUCUCCGAGUACCCAUACGGGGUAAACCGCAUGUCCAAGAUCAAUCCACGCUGGGACUACUACUGGUACUUUCAGCCAAAAAUAAAAAACAAAAUAAAAUUGUCACACCAUUUCUGUUUGAUUGCUGCUUUUCACUGGCAUUUGUUUUCUCUUCAGAUGUUUGGUUUCAGCCCCCAAAAUGCAUUUCCACAGUCUCAUGAUUAA